AUGGCAUCUGAGCAACUGCCUUCCACGAUGAAGGCGUUCGUACUGGAACAAUUUGGCCAGCCCUAUCAACUCCGCGAGGUUCCUCUGCCAGAAAUCGAGCACCAGGAUGAUAUUUUGAUUCGUGUCGAGGCCGGCUCGUAUUGCCAUACUGAUGCUGUGGUGGCCGCCGGCACCAUGCACCCCCCAUCAUUACCGCACAUUGGAUGCCACGAGUACGCCGGGACGGUUGUGGCACUCCCACAAGGAAAAUCGUCAAUCUAUGGGCUGAUCGUUGGAACCCAGGUGGCAGUCUCAGGGCGUGGCUAUCAUGUUUGCGAGAAGUGCCAGGAAUGUCGAAACCCUUCUGGUCCGGUUCCAGAUGAGCCAGGAUUUUCAGUAUACUGUCCUUGGACCCAUGGUGGUCUUGGCGUUCAUGGACCAGGAGGAUUUCGGGAAUACGCAGUAGUCGAUUCAAAACAAGUACUGCCGAUUCCGGGUUCAAUGACUGCUGUGGAGGUCGCACCAUUGAUGUGUGCUGGGCUUACGAUAUUUGCCGCCCUCAAGAAGUGCAAUCUUAAGCCUGGACAACGUGUUGGAUUCAUCGGCUGUGGAGGAGGGCUAGGACAUCUCGGUCUCCAGUUUGCAACUAAAAUGGGUUUGAAGGCCGUCGGUGUCGAUAGCUCUCCCGGAGCCUUGCAAUUUGCGCGGGACCUGGGGACUGGUGCAUAUAUUGUGAACGCGGCAGAAACAAAGGCCGAGGACGUUCGCCAACAGUUAGGCCAGGAGGACAAAGCUGAACAUAUCUCGGAAAUGGGCCUUGAUGCAGUCUUGAUUUUGACCGACAGUCAACAAUCAUUCACUUAUGGUGUAGAUCUGCUCCGCAACGGCGGACUGGCAAUUGUUGUAUCAUUUCCGCCAGAAGGAUUCCAAGUGUCAGCAGCGGAUUUGGUAUUCCGCAGGAUAAGGCUGGAGGGAACGCUAAUAGGUUCAAACAAAGCCAUGAAGGAAAUGCUGGAGUUUUGCGUGGAGCACGGUGUCAAGGCGCGGGUCAAGACUUACUCAUUCUUGCGGUUAAAUCAGCUUGUUGAGGCAUAUCACUCUGGAGUUUCUGGGAAGCUGGUAGUAGAUUUCCAGAAAAAUGAUUGA